AUGGUUCCUGCUGCUCAUCAAAACUUAUCCAAACAACAUCAUCGAUAUCUUUACAGUGGUUAUGGUGGAUGCGGUGCCAAUUACAACACGGCAGAAGAUCAGAGCUUCGGUCUUAUGAGUACUACUAGUCAAGUAGAAGAAGGUUAUGAGUAUAAUUAUUAUUGUUGUAAUAAUAACAGCAGCAACAACAAUAAUAAUAUUAACAGUAUCGUUACGGAAUCUGAUCAUCUUCAUCACCAUCUUGUGGCGAUUGAUCCAAUGGCUGAGGAUGAGUCGAGAACCAACAGUGUAAACGAAGCCGGUUCAAGUUCAAAGGAUGCUCCAGAUGACAGAGACAACGAAGGAUGGCUCCAAUUGACUAUAGGCGGCUCCAACAAUCAUCAACCAGCUGCAACCGUAGACCAAACCCCCAGAGGCUUAAGGGACACUCUUUCUGGUCCCGGUUUGAUUGAGCUCGAUCUAUUACCACCUGGCCAUGACGCUGCUCUUUCAUCAUCCAUACGACAAGUCAGGUCUAUGUCGUCUAUGCAGCAUCAUCAUAUGCCUCCAAUGUUUCUUGUUCCUCCAGAAAUCCGUCCUCUUUCUUCUUCUUCUUCCGCAAGGCUGCCGUUUCAUUCGAAUUUCUCUACGAGUGCUACAUCUUUAUACUUUCAACACCCUGGGCAGGGAAUGAGCAGCUCCUCAUCGAGUUUGUUUCCUCACCACGAGGGCAACUGGCAAUUCAGGCCAACUGUCCCUCAUAAUAAUAUAGGGAUGGCUUCAACCUCUUCUUCUUAUUCAACUUCCUCUUUCACACAACUGGGUUCCCCCUAUUUUCCUCGUCCGCUUCAUCAUCAGUAUCAUCACGACAUGAAUGUUGCUGGGCCAAGCUUAGAUUUCAGAGUUGUUGAUCCUCCCAGGAGGCCCCAGUCGGGCAUUUGGUUUAUGCUCCAAGCAUCCCAAAAUCAAGAAAAAGAACCGUUCUUGCCACAGAUACCCAAAAGCUACCUAAGAAUCAAGGAUAGAAGGAUGACAAUCCGGUUGAUAAAGAAGUAUCUGGUUAACAAGCUGAGACUGGAUAGCGAAUCAGAGGUAUGUUUUCUGACCAUUAGCAGAAAACUUGAAGUUCAUACUUAA